AUGCGUUUCACAAUUAAACAAGCCACUAGCGGUAGUGAACGUAUUGGUACUUUUACUGGAUUUAUAAAAUCACCGGGUGCUGUUAUUGAAACUCCUACAUCCGCUUUAUUUACUCAGGGUGGCAGUGUCACACACGUAACUAGUGAAGUAUUAUCAAAAAUAUUUACCACACCUAAACUGCUAUGGGUGCCCCUGUCAAAUUCUUAUCAACUGGAAACGGGUUUAAAAGCCCAAGGUCAGGGUAUAGCGAAGUUCGCAGGCCUAACAGGACAUGUUACUUCUAUAACACCACAUAGUGCCAGUGAAGUAACUCCUGUGGGACAUUUUGAGCAUGGUAAAGUGCCCCUAUGGACUAAAAAUGGAAAAAAGAUGAUUACUGCAGAUAGCUAUAUGGAUCUUAUGGAAGUUUUCCAACCAGACAUAAUUUUGGCGAUUGCAGAUAGUCGGACGUCUCUAGGUGAAGGAUAUAAAAGAAUAUUGAAGUCAGUGGAUAGAACCUGCGGGUUCUUAGAGAAAUGUGUGGAUCGAUAUAAAGGCUCAAAGCAGCUUCAAACUAGUUCCCUUAUUGGUGUGAUUGUAGCUGCUGGUGUACCAAGUAAAUGUGAUGAAUGUAUAACACAUAUAUUAAAAUAUAAAGAUUCUUUGGGUGGUGUAGCUUUAGCUGGACUUACAGAUGGUACUGAGGAAUCUUUAAAACUAGUAAAUGAUAAGAUAGAAGGGAUUUUUGCAAGAGUUAAUACGAAACUUCCAAAAAAUCUCUUACGCAUCGUUGAAGGCUGUUGGAAUCCAGCUGUAGUACUGUCUGCAAUAGAGAAUGGUUUUGACGUAUUCGAUGGCUCAUACCCAUUAAAACUGAGUAAUGUAGGUCACGCGUUGGCAUUAAACUUUGACCUCAACCAAAAUGAUAGUGAGCCAUGUAUUUUAGAUCUGAAUGAUGAGAGGUAUAAAGAAGACUUCAGGCCAGUAUUAGCGGGCUGCGAAUGCUUGGCGUGCAAGAAACACACACGUGCAUACAUUCGCCACCUCUUAAAUACACGUGAGAUGUUAUCCUCGGUCUUAUUGAGCAUUCACAACCUUCAUCAUUUCGACCAAUUUUUUAAACAUGCACGUCAUCAUAUCGCGUCAAACACAUUCAAGCUAUACAAACAACACAUCACAAAACAAUAUGAAGCUUACAAACAACCUCUAACCAACGGCGUAAAUGAACACAAAGGGAAGACCGCAUUACCUCAAGUUACUAAGAAAUUAAAAGUGAGUGAUGAAGAGAUGCAUUGUAGCUGA